GGAGGCGGAAGUGCCUUGGGCAGCCGCCUCCGUCCAGGCUGCGGCCCCUACCGGUUACAUAACUCGUUGAGGGCUGCGCGCGGCCCCACUUCCUGGCUCUCUGAGAACCGAGGAUGCACUGAGCCCCACAACGCCGUCCGCUGCCGCCGGCUCUCUCCCGAGAGAAAUGUACCGAAAGGUGGCCUGUGUGGCUUCGGUGCCCGUCCACCAGCACCCCAGGCCUUAAGACAGAGGGCUGACUCGGGGGCUGUGCUCUGGCUUCACCCACCGGCCUCUGUUCUCUAGAAGUGCCCACUCAGCCUCCUUGCAGUCAGCCCCCUGCCGCAGGUGCCAGAGGUCAAGGCCUUGCUUCCUGUGGCUCCGGGUGCCCUGUGUCUGCCCAUGACCACCCAGAUCCAGGCUCUGCAGCCGGUUUUGUUGGUUGCCUGCACUUGUCCUGCCAGCUCCGGAGGAGAGACUGGUGUGAAUGACAGAGGUGGUGCCAUCCAGCUCCCUCAGCGAGGUCAGCCUGCGUCUCCUCUGCCACGAUGACAUAGACACCGUGAAGCACCUGUGCGGCGACUGGUUCCCCAUCGAUUACCCAGACUCAUGGUAUCGUGAUAUCACCUCCAACAAGAAGUUCUUUUCCCUCGCCGCAACCUACAGGGGCGCCAUCGUGGGAAUGAUCGUAGCUGAAAUAAAAAGUAGGACCAAGAUACAUAAGGAGGAUGGAGAUAUUCUAGCCUCCAGCUUCUCUGUUGACACACAGGUUGCGUACAUCCUAAGCCUGGGAGUAGUGAAGGAAUUCAGAAAGCAUGGCAUAGGUUCCCUAUUACUUGAGAGUUUAAAGGAUCACAUAUCAACCACCGCCCAGGACCACUGCAAAGCCAUCUACCUGCAUGUCCUCACUACCAACAAUACGGCUAUAAACUUCUACGAAAACAGAGACUUCAAGCAGCAUCACUAUCUCCCCUAUUACUAUUCCAUCCGAGGGGUCCUCAAAGAUGGCUUCACCUAUGUCCUCUACAUCAACGGUGGCCACCCUCCCUGGACCAUCCUAUAUCCUUUCUCUUUCGGGGGUGAGGUAUUGUGGCUUCCUAGCAGGGCCCUUGCGCCAGCUGGAGCUGUGGUUGCCUUCACAUGGCAUCCACAAGGCCAAGCUCACGGGACCAGAUGUUGUUGUGGGCGGGUCUGGCCGGCACAUCUUGGGAAAUGACGGUCUGGGUGUGGACAUUGGGAAAGCAGGCCAGCUCUGGCACUUGGCGCUCGCUGGACGUUAGACUGGUAUGAGGGGAGUGUUCAGCCUCCUGGCCCAAGAUCCAUCCAUCCAUCAAGUAUCGAAUGAGAGCCUCCUGUUUCAGGUGCGUGGGGGAUACAACAGUGAAUGAAACAGCCAGAAGCCCCUGCUCUCAUGGGGCUGUGUGCUGGUGGGGGAGAAGACAAGCAAGUGAGGUGAAACAAACUGUUUGCUGUUUUUGAACACUUGGGUUCAAACCUUCUUUGCUGGGUGCGUGACCCAGAGGUGUGUCCCUGCCCUGCUCCCUCCUCUUUAACUCUCUCUGGCCCUUGACAGGUUCAGUGGAGGCCAGGAGACUUCCUGAUAGUCAUAGGGUGUGAUCCCCAAAAUACUGUGUGUAUGUGAGAGAGAGAAGUUAAAUGAAUGAGUCCAGGAUUUAUCCAUUUCACAGGGAAAUAAACGAGAAAGACAAGGGCGACCCAAAAGCCUGCAGGCCUAGCUCCUGUGAAGAUGGGUCUCUGUGGGUGUCCACAGGGUCAGGACUGCUGACCCCUCCUCAUCACAGGGACAGGGCCCUGCCACUCUGAGGACUGAGCAUAGGGGAGAACUAGGAACACUUGCUCUGCCAGACCCCUCCCCCAGCACCCAGUCCUGUCCAGCCUUAGUCUGGGUGUCCAGGUGCCUGGGGCCUCACCCAGAAGGUCCCUUGUACCCAGGCUCUGCCCUGCAUUAUUUUGUGCAGCAGAGCCCCCUCCAUCUGAUGAGGCUUUCC